AUGUGGACGGGUCUCGCCGCGAUCGACCAGCCUGAGUGCGCCGGAGUAUGGUAGGCCGCAAACCACGUCACUACGACGAUCCCAAUCGCACUGUUUUUAGUGAAUUUCCAGUCGAUAUUCGUGGAUUUUCUUCGAUUUUUCGACGACUACAGGUGAAAAAUAUCGAUUUUUGCGUUUGAUCACAGAAAAUCGCCCGGAAAUUGUGCGAGGGGCGACUAUUUCUCCAUUUUUUUCCCGGGAAGCGAAAAAAAUGCGGUUGUUGCUGUAUUCACUGGCUUUUUCAUUGCCAAAUGCCAAAAUUAUCGAUAAAUGGGUGCAAAACUACAUUCCUUCCAUUUUUGUUAAGUCUUCCCGCCAGGAAAUGAAUAUUUUUCAAUGAAAACAACGACAACAAUCUGAUAAAUCUGUGAUUUGCUGGCUUUUCUUGCCGAAAUGUACUUUUCUCGCGUUUUAUCACUGAAAAUCACUCGGAAAUUGUAUAAAAACCGACAUUUUUCUACUUUUCCUCUCAAUUCGACAGUUCUUGCUCGAUUUCCCAGUAUUUCUGUUUGCAACGUGACCGUCCGUUCUCUUUGAUCUUCUCAGGUUUUGCGACGAUUUUUCCGAGAACUUCUCAUUUUUCGCUCUAAUUCCUCAUUUUUUCAGGUCAAUAACAAUGAGCUCGGGGGAACUGCCGUGCUACACGCUGAUUCACGUGCCGAGCGAUUCGGAGCUGCCGUCCGAAGCGGCACUCCGCGAGAAGUUCGAAAAAGGCGGCGAUAAAGAGCGAAUUGACGCGCUGAAAAAGUUGAUUUACAUGAUUUUGAACGGCGAAAAAACGUCGCAGAGCAUGCUAAUGUACGUCAUCCGUUUCUGCCUUCCGUCAAACGAUCACACGCUCAAAAAGACGCUGCUGAUCUUCUGGGAGUGCGUGCCGAAGACGGAUUCGAACGGAAAACUGCUGCACGAGAUGAUUCUCGUGUGCGACGCCUACCGAAAAGACCUUCAGCACCCGAACGAGUUCGUGCGCGGCUCCACACUCCGUUUUUUGUGCAAAUUGCGUGAGCCCGAGCUUUUGGAGCCACUUAUGCCGGCGAUUCGUGGAUGUUUGGAGCACCGACACUCGUACGUUCGUCGCAACGCCGUCUGCGCCAUUUUUACCAUUUACAGUACGGAAAAACCCGAAAAAAAACCUAACCUAAUUUUUAAAAAUCUUGCAGAAAACUUUGAGUUUCUGAUCCCAGACGCGCCGGAAUUGGUGACGACCUACCUGGAAACGGAGCAGGACGCCUCGUGCAAACGAAAUGCGUUCAUGAUGCUCCUCCACGUGGAUCAGGCCCGCGCCCUCGACUAUUUGUCGGGGUGCAUCGAUCAAGUCGGACAAUUCGGCGACAUAUUGCAACUCGUCAUUGUUGAGCUCAUUUACAAGGUAAGACUGGAAACAUUUGAAGGGUUUUGCGCAAAAUUUUCUAAACCCAAUUUUCCUUGCAGGUCUGCCACAACAACCCGAACGAAUGCGCCCGCUUCAUCAGAUGCGUCUACAAUCUUCUCAAUUCUCAAUCUCCGGCCGUCAGGUACGGUUUUUACUCAUUUUCCACCCAAAACGCUCCAAAUUUUGCAGAUAUGAAGCCGCCGGAACGCUCGUCACGCUCACGAACGCGCCCGCGGCGAUCAAGGCCGCCGCGACCGCCUACAUUGAUUUGAUAGUGAAAGAAAGCGACAAUAACGUGAAACUGAUCGUGCUGGACCGUCUCGUCCAACUCCGUAACACUUCGAGCAACGAAAAAGUGCUCCAAGGCCUUGUAAUGGACAUUUUGCGCGUUUUGACGUCGCCCGGACUCGAAGUCCGUCAAAAAACGCUAAAUUUGGCGUUGGACUUGGUUUCGAGCAGAAAUGUCGAAGAUAUGGUUAUGUUUUUGAAGAAGGAAAUUAAUAAAACGGCGACGGAGGCGAACGAUGAGAACGGAAAAUAUCGGCAAUCGCUCGUGAAGACCCUCCACACGGCUACUAUCAAAUUCCCGGACGUGGCGCCCACUAUCGUGCCGGUUCUUAUGGAGUUUUUGUCGGAUUCGAACGAAACCGCCGCCGCCUACGUGCUCCAAUUCGUGCGGGAAGCCGUCCACAAGCUGCCGAACCUCAAAAACGCGAUCUUGGCGUCACUUCGUGAAGGAAUUCUGAGCAUUCAGACGCCGUCGAUCUUCAUGUCGGCCCUCUGGAUCCUUGCCACGUAUUGUGAGGCGGAUGGAACUCUGGAAGUGCUCAAAUUAAUCAAAAACGCACUCGGAGAGCUGCCGAUUGUGGACUCGGAGCUCGCCAAGGAUGAAGAGCCGAAACAGGAGGAGGUGGAACAGAAGAAGGUGGCCGGCGGACCGAAAGUGACCGCAGAUGGAACCUACGCGACACAGACCGCUCUUUCGACCCAAAUCGUCAAGAAAGAGCACGAAAAACCGCCAUUGAGGUUGGUUUUUCUCGAUUAUCCCCCAAAUUUUCGAAUUCAGACGUUUCCUGUUCAAAGGAGAGUUUUUCCUGGGCGCCUCGCUCGCCACAGUCCUUACGAAGCUCGCGCAGCAGUUCACGGAGCUCAACGGAGCCGGAACCGAGCGAUCGAAUCGUUUCAGAGCCGAAUGCAUGCUCAUUCUCUCGUCGAUUAUCCAUUUGGCGAAGAGCGGACUCAUCUCGCAUCAGGUCAACGAGGACGAUUUGGACAGGUUCGGAAUUUGGAUAAAUUCGAUAAAUUCAUUGCAAAUCACUUCAGAAUGGGAGCGACGAUCAAGAUCUUGGCGCAAGGAAUUCCGGGACUGGACGCGCAGUACGGCGACGCGUGCAAAAAGAGUCUGGAACUGAUGCUCGGGGCAAAAUCGAUAAGUCGUGUGGAGGCGGCCGACAAGCUGACUUCCGGCGGGGGACGGCGCUCGAAGGAUUUUGUCGAAAUCGACAAAACGAUCAAUUUCACGCAACUUUCGGCCCGCAACAACCAGCAGGGAGAGAACGUUUUCGACCUUUCCCUCUCGCAGGCACUCGGCACCGCCCCCAAAGCACAGAAGUUCGACUUUUCGAGCUCGAAACUCGGAAAAGUGAUCCAAUUGGCCGGCUUUUCGGAUCCGAUCUACGCGGAAGCCUAUGUGAAUGUAAAUCAGUACGACAUCGGUACGGAAGCGGUCAUUUUACAUAGGUCUAAAAAACGGUAGUCUUGCAGUUCUCGACGUGCUCAUCGUCAACCAGACCCCGGAUACCCUUCAGAACGUGUCUUUGGAGCUCGCCACCGUCGGAGACCUGAAAUUGGUCGAUAAACCGACGCCGGUCACGCUGGCGCCCAACGAUUUCUCGAAUAUCAAGGUAAAUCCUGAAAGCUCACAGAAAAGUGCGAAAUUGCGACGUUGUCCCCACAUCAAACAUAAUUUUCCCCCCGAUUUUAGGCGACGGUGAAAGUGGCGUCGACGGAGAACGGCGUGAUAUUCUCGACGAUUUCGUACGACGUGCGCGGAUCCACUUCUGAUCGGAAUUGUGUCUACCUUCAAGAUAUCAAAAUUGACAUUAUGGUAUUUAGAGCGAUGCUUUCGACUUUUUAACCCGAAAUUCUGCAUUUUAGGACUAUAUUGUGCCCGGAAACGUGUCUGACGUGGAAUUCCGAAAAAUGUGGAGCGAUUUCGAGUGGGAAAACAAGGUUUUCGCCUUUUUUGAGGAAAUCUGAAAUUCAUCCUUUUUCUAGGUGAAUGUAAUGACGCCGAUCCGAGAUUUGCGCGAAUUCCUCAAUCAUCUCUCGACAUCCACAAAUAUGAAGGUUCUGACGGGAGACGCCGCUAUUGGUAGGCUAUCUUUAGAAAAUUGAUUAAAUGUAGGAUCUAACUCUAUUUUUUGCAGAAGGCGAGUGUGGAUUCCUGGCCGCCAACCUGUGCGCGCACUCGAUUUUCGGAGAAGACGCGCUCGCGAACGUCUCGGUCGAAAAGGCGCUUCCGAUGGACGACUCGUCGCCGAUCGUCGGCCACAUCCGAAUUCGCGCAAAGAGCCAGGGAAUGUGCCUGACGCUCGGUGACAAAUUGAGCACGGCGAUGCGGUCCCGACGCGACGGACAGCCCAUCGCCGCCGCCUCCGCCUGA